GAUUACGCAAACUCCAACAAUGGCUUGGCAAUUGUUCUUGUUACUACCGUUUGUUUCUUUCUUCUUCCUACGUCGUUGGAUUCAAAAGAAGAAGGUUAAUGUGGAAUGGCCCAUCAUUGGAACGCUCCCAUCCCUCCUCGCCAAUGUCCAUCGCUUGCACGACUGGUUAACCGAUAUCCUCCGUGAAAAAGGCUGCACUGAUGUCCAUAAUACCGCAUUGCUUGCUCAACCAACGAUCAUAACGUGUGAUCCGGCCAACGUCACCUACAUUGCCAGGACCAACUUCUCCAACUUCAACAAGGGCACUCAUUUCUCGCAGACCUUCGAUGCUCUUGGUGAUGGCGUUUUGACCACCGACUCCGAUUCCUGGAAAGCCCAUCGCAAAAUGGCCAACGCCAUCGUCAUCCAUCGGAGUUUCCGUAAAUUCCUAGCAAAGACAGUACAAGAGAAGGCAAGGAAUGGGCUCAUACCUGUUCUCGAGCACACAUCCCAGCAAGACAUGGUUGUGGACUUGCAAGAUGUGUUUCACAGGUUCACCUUCGACAACGCAUGCACCUUAAUUUUCGGUGCUGACCCAGGCUGCCUCUCCAUCGGAUUCCCGACGGUCCCGAUCGCAAAGGCAAUCUAUGAAGGGAGCGAGGCGAUUAUAUUCCGAAAUGUCAUGCCAAAUUUCUGGUGGAAGUUUCAAAGAUGGUUAAAGAUUGGAGAAGAGAAGAAGCUGGCAAAUGCAAAGGAGGUAAUAGAUAAUUUCAUUGCCCAUUAUAUUUCAGUCAAAAGAGAAGAUCUUGAGAAACUUGGAAAAGCAGAGGCUGAAGAUGCAACCGAUAUGCUAACAUCCUACAUGGAUUAUCAGUGCAACGAUGAAACGGGUCAGCUGAAAUCUGAUAAAUUCCUCCGCGACUCUGUUAUGAACUUGCUCAUUGCCGGCAAGGACACCACCAGCUCUGCUCUCACAUGGUUCUUCUGGCUAAUAUCAAAUAACCCAAGUGCAGAAACCAAGAUCGUUGAAGAACUGAGGUCGAUUGUGGCUAACGUUGAUAGUGAGAGAGAGAAGAAGCUGAGUGUGUUGGACGUCAAAAAUCUGAGCCAGUUGGUUUAUCUAAACGCUGCCUUGUGUGAAUCACUGAGGCUCUAUCCAGCUGUUCCAAUCGUCCCAAGGGUGGCAUUGGAGGCAGAUGUUCUACCGUCGGGCCACAAGAUCUGUCCGGGGAUGAUGGUCUAUUGCUCUUUGUAUGCAAUGGGUAGGAUGGAGAAGAUCUGGGGCAAUGACUGCAUGGAGUUCAAACCCGAGAGGUGGAUUGGAGAAGAUGGGACAUUGUCAAUUGAACAUUCUAACAAGUUCUUAACGUUCUUUACAGGGCCAAGGACUUGUUUGGGUAAGGACAUAGCUCUCACUCAAAUGAAGGUGGUUGUGGCUGCAUUGCUCUAUAACUUCCAUGUUCAAGUGGUGGAAAGCCAGCCCGCGGCUCAUGAGAUUUCCGUGGCCCUUCCUAAGAAGAAUGGGUUGAUGGUUAGGGUGCGAGAGAGGUGUGGUUAGCCAUGGUCUGAUGAUGGUAAUGGUGCAUGUGUGAUAGACGGUAGAUUCUGUUGCAAUGGAGUGGUUAUAAGAUCAUUGUGGUAGUGUAAUGUACGUAUAAACCUUAGGGGGUGUUUGGUUGCUGGUCGUUACAUUUCUAAGAGCAUUAUGUUUUAGUUUUCAUGAAAUUUUUUAAGUGGGGGGAUGUUUGGUUGAAACGGCUGGACAGAACCUCAGUGUAUGUACGUGUAAACCUUAGGGCAUGUUUGGUUGUGUAAUGUACUUGUAAACCUUAGGGAAUGUUUGGUUGCUGGUUUUUUACAUUUCUCAAAAAUAUUAGGCCGAAUCUUACAUUCCCGGGCAUAAAA